AACAACGCCGCCAACAACAAGAUCUUCAAACCUAAAUCCCUAGAUCUGGAAAAAAAAAAACCUUUCACCCGCUCUUGUCAACGUAAUCACCAUGGAAGAAUCCGCCAUCAAAGGUGUGAAAUUGCUGGAUUUGAACGACAGUGUUGCAGACGCUCCAAAACCCGGCAUUUUGACGACGAUUUCCGUUGAGGGAUAUAGCACUUCGCUUCCAAAGUAUUAUGUCAAACUCGCGUUGGUAAAAAAUUUCGCUUCAUGUGGACAGAUCAUAUCUUGUUAUGUUCCCAGAGACUUUCCUAAUGGACUCCAAUCGUUAAGCCUGCAACCUUUCCGGCACAGCUCGAUCUUAAUCGUCCGAUACCUGAUGUUAGUAAUCCCUCGACUUGGAUUAAAAAAUGCAGGGUCCUCGUUACCGGAUAUGACACUUCCCUUCCUGAGAUUGAUCUCAAGAUGGCGCUCUGUCAACAUUUCUCUUCAUGUGGAGAUAUCUAGAGAAUUCAUCUUUUCACUAAUGUAGCUGACAUUGACAUUGAAGGAGAGGGAUGUGUAGAAAAGGCCAAGGAACUAAGUGGAUCUAACAUGGGAGAAAGGACUCUUGUUGUUGUUGAACCUGCUGUGUACCGAAGAAGGGGGGGGCAUCACCUAUCGCCCAAGUCGUUUACCUAAUAAGAGGAAGAGGAAGAGUGAGAAUGAGAAUGAGAG